AGAUAUUGUCCUGCUGUUACUCCGGAUGAUGUUUUGGAAGCACACUUGUAGGGAAACAGCUGCUCUUUGGUAACACAGAAACAUAUUUAUAUCAUACGUUAAUAUUUAAUAAAAAUGGAGGAUCAAGAACUGCAGUUGAAAGUAAAAAGAGUGACUGAUAAAUUCACAGAGAGUAUGUGUGUUUUGGCCAAUGAACCGUCGAUAGCGCUUUAUAGGUUACAGGAGCACGUCAGGAGAUCCCUACCAGAGCUCGUGCAACACAAGACGGACAUGCAGAGUUGGGAGGAACAAAGUCAAGGAGCAAUCUACUCCGUUGAAUAUGCAUGCAGUGCAGUUAAAAGCAUGACGAAUAGUAGUCUCUAUUUCAAGAAUAUAGAUGGUCUGCUCCGGCAAACCAUUUCACUGAAGGAACAGAUCAGCAGCUCACAGGGUCGAAGUGCUGUGAAACCUGCAAUUAAUCCAAAUGAUACACCCACACACACUUCAGUCACACCUCCUUGACUCAUGGAAGUCUUUCUCCAAGGAAAAGAGCUUUGGAUCAUGGCAUGCAUAAGGAUGGAGGAGAAAAGCACAACUCUGGGAUAUAAACUGAUGAAGAUCUGGAUAAAACAAUAUACCAUAUUCGCUUGUGGCCACCACUUCAUAUUAAUGAUGACUGCUACUCUAAAAUAUGGAAGCCCAUUGUCAAAUCACAAAAUUACAAAAGGAUAAAGUCCCAUAAACUGAAACUCCAAGGCAAAACAGUCCAAUGGUCACAUGCCGGACAACCCUGCUAUCCAGUAGAAACCAGUCGGCCCUUAGGAUAUAAGCAAAAGCUGGGAUC